UUCGAACAUACCCGAAAUAUAGAGAUUAUGCAAAGAAAAUCUGCUUUCGUUCUAAUAAACGCGAAUUAUUUCGAAUAAGGAUCGAUCGCUGCGAGCGGUUGUCUCUUAUCUUUUGAUCCGAGUUAACGUCAAAUAUAAUAAAAGCAAUUUUGAUAUAAAAUGAAUUUAGGAAGAAUGGCUAAUAUUAACAUUUUUCGCAAAGUCCGGCAGCUUGAGAUGUUGAUUAAACCUGGUAGUUUACUCCAGACCUACAGAUGUAAUCCAAUGCACUUCCCCAAAUCUACUUCAAGUCUUACAAAUUUGAAUCGUAGCACAACACCUAAUGCAAGCAAUUAUACAAAAUGUCGUGUCUUGUCCAAGUUACCUGUACAAUCAACAGUUAGUGUGACUCGUGCAGCAAGCACUCAUGGUGAUCAUGUACGCUUGUGGUUGAUGGAAAGAAUAGUGUCUGCAUCUUUCUUGUCACUAGUACCUGCUGCUCUGCUCUUUGAAAGCAAAUUUAUUGAAAUAAUAUUGGCAGCUGCAAUUGUCAUGCAUACACAUUGGGGAUUGGAGGCUAUUGUAAUCGAUUAUGUACGGCCUGCUGUGGUAGGACCAGUAGCUCCAAAAAUAGCAUUCUUAAUGUUAAAUCUACUUUCCAUCGCAACUCUUGCUGGUCUGUUUGUGUUAAUUUACAAUGGUCCUGGUAUUGUAAACAUCAUUAAACAAGGUUGGGCAAUAGGUAAAGACAAAGAAAAACAAAGAUCUAAUUAGAUGUUAUCAUUAAAAUACAGAAAUAACUUGUUUAUAUUAGUAUAUGAAGAAUUUUUCAAAAGAGAUAGUAGUUUGUAAAUUAUUCGGGAAUA